GAUGAAAUUGAAGAAAUAAUAAUGAGAGGGGGGGUUGUUUGACAUUGCAUCGCAUCUGAGUAGAGUAGAGGCGGAACAAUCAAAGAAACUUCACAACACGCGGAUUCCAUUCACAUUUCAUUCAUUCAUUCCGUAACAAUUGAAUUGAUACUACUUUACUCCGCAUAAUAACAAAUAUUGGAUUUUCUUUUUCCUAAUUGGUCACACUCUUUUCAUUUCAUUUCUAAUAAAUCCCUUUAAUUUCUCUCCUUUCUCAAGAACGUGCACAUCACCAUGGACAUGGUGGCAUCAUCAUCAUCUUCAUCUUCUCCAACGAACGAACCUCCUCCUCCUCCUCAACAUCACGAUCUUCAACAUCAACUUCAACAAGAACAACAACUUUCUUCACCAAUCAUCAAAGACUUUCUCCACAAAACCAAAAUCAUUCAGUUUCUUGGUCGCACCACUCCGAUCGUCCUUCAAAACGAUAAUGGACCUUGUCCUCUUCUCGCUAUCUGUAACGUUCUUCUGCUACGAAACCAGUUAGAAGGUUUGAGCGCGGAUAUUGGUGAAGUCUCACAGGAGAAGUUGCUUUCAUUGGUUGCUGAGCGAUUGCUUGAUUCAAAUAGUAAUGUGAAUAACAAAGAUGCAGGCUAUGUUGAAAAUCAACAACAGAACAUUGCCGAUGCAAUUGAUUUGCUCCCUAGGCUUGCCACUGGAAUUGAUGUAAAUCUAAAAUUUACGAGAAUAGAUGAUUUUGAAUUCACUCCAGAGUGUGCCAUAUUUGAUUUGCUGGACAUUCCUUUGUAUCAUGGCUGGAUAGUUGAUCAGCAGGAUCGUGAUACUGCAACUGCAAUUGGAUCGAAGUCCUAUAAUGCCCUUAUGGGAGAGCUUGUUGCUCUUGAAACACAGAACAUUGAAACCCUACCAAAAAAUAAUCCGGAAGAAGAAGAUUGUGUUGAUUUUGUUGCUGCAACAACUGCUGCUCUUGGAGUGCCUUCUCCCAGUCUUUCUAAAACCAGGUCUUUUGAUGAUUCUCCGUGUUCUGUUUCUGAUCAGGCACCAAGAAAAGGCGAUCUUGAAGAAGAAGAAGAGCUGUUGAGAGCCUUGAAGAUGUCCGAAGUUGAUUCUAUAGAUUUAAUUAGUGAUCCUGUUGUGGGACAUGCAAAUGGUAAUGGGGGAGAAGUUUCUUUUGAUAUGGACGAAAAUAUGUGUGACAAUCAGGCUGUAACCGUGGAUUCUGGAGUUGACUUGGGAAAGAACACUGGUAAAGAAAGCAAUGACUUUCAUGAAUCAGAAACCUUCAUACCUGAUGAUUCCACUGCUUCUAGCAAAGACUACAAUGAACAUACAUCUUCUACAUCUACAUUGGAGGAAGCAGCUAAUCCGUUCUUAAAGAAUGAUGCCGUAAGUGGCUUCCAUCAAUCAGCUUCUAUGGAGCCUGAAAAAUCUACUGAGCAAAAUGAUGUGGUUGAGAAGCAUAAACUUGAUGCAUUGGUUCAGAAUAAGAGUGCAGUCAUCCAUUCUCCUGAAAAAUAUUCUGUUUCUGUUUUUGAGAGCUGUGCAGAUGCCACUAUGGGGGAUGAAAAAGUUCACAAUCAAUCCUCUCUUAGAUCUAUAGAUCAUAAAACUUCAGAUGAGUCUCAAGGACUUGAUGCAACAGGAGUGCCAUGCUUAUCUGCAAGCCAUACAGAUUCGGAUUCUUCUGUUAUAAGAUUUCAUCAAACUGAUGCUUCAGAAGCAUUUCCUUCAACUGUUGAUGGGAGUGAGCCCAUGUAUGAAGGAGAGGAAUGUGUGUUGGAUACAAAAACUGGAAAUUUUGAGAAUCGUGAACCUGUUUAUGAAGGGGAGGCGGUUCUUCAGGAACAAGCCGACAAAAGCACCUUAGAUGCCCUUGAUCCAAGAGCUAAGGAAGAAAUUACUCCAGAACAAGGAGAACUGGUCAAGAGUUUUUUGAGGAAUAAUGCCAGUCAGUUGACAUUUUACGGGCUUUUCUGUCUUCAAGCUGGUCUUAAAGAGCGUGAGUUAUGUGUUUUUUUCCGAAACAAUCAUUUCAGCACCAUGUUUAAGUUUGAGGGUGAGCUCUAUCUUCUAGCUACAGACCAAGGCUACAUAAAUCAGCCUGAUCUGGUUUGGGAAAAACUGAAUGAGGUCAAUGGUGAUACAUUGUUUAUGACUGGUAAUUUCAAGGAAUUCAAGGUAGAAAGCCUUGAAAAUAACACCACCUGGGAUGAGAAUAAUGUCAUGACCAACACUGCUGACUAUCUUGCCAGCAUAGAGAGUGCAACGCAGGCAGGCUUAGAUAUCAAUUCUGAUCUUCAAUUAGCAAUAGCCUUGCAACAACAAGAGUUUGAGCAACAGCCACCACGACAGACUCAACAAACACCAUCUGUUAGUGGCACCUCCAGACUGGUCACAGGUCCCCAGGCGCCAAGGAGCACAGGAAGGAAUCCACCUUCAUCUCCCAAGCCUGAUGCGAGAUCUAAAGACAAAUGUACAGUGAUGUGAAUUUCACAAGCAGUUAUUAGAAGCUUGUUUUAUAAUUGGUGGCCAUAACUUUCGUAUCCCAAAAUUACAGCAACUGGUCAAGUUUCUUUGUAAAUAUAGGAAGUAAAUAGUGUACCACAGUGGCAGGUCCUUGUUGUGACCACAACCCUCUACUUCCCUACACUUGAUAUUUUGUUUGGGCUUUACAUCUCAAAUUUCAACCAACAUUUCUGUGAGCUUCGACCCGUUCUGUGCUGAUUGGCUGUGCAGCUUUUAGUAGAGUAAAAGCCCAGCCCUACACUUGAUAAUUUUAGUAUGUCACUGAUGUUCUUUGUGAUAUUGAUGUAAAAAGUCAGAGUGAUGUAUGGAUAUUGCUUUUAACUUGCUAGUUAGACGUUGACUGACAGGGCAGGAAGUGCAUGAUAUUAAAAUUUUCAGGUUAAAAGGAUUUCAAAAUUUUGGAAGGAUACUCA